AUGUUUAACCUACUUCGAUGUUAUUCCACUGCUGCAAGAGCGACAUGCAGUAAAGACUUGUAUAUAACAGCAAAAUACAGAGAGCUACAUAAGCAUUAUGAUGCUCCCAAAUACCCAUUAGUACUUUGCCAUGGAUUUUCAGGCUUUGACAAAUUUACAUUAUUGGCAAAACCGCAAUUGGCGGUUGCUCAAGCUGUCGAUACAGCUAAAGAGUCUCUUGAUCUGGGGUUGAAGGAGGAGGAAAAUGUAAAUGAAAACGCAAAGAAGCGUCAAGUACUGGUACUGCCGCUGCCGCUGCCGCUGCUGCUUGUUGAAUUAAACUAUUGGAAUGGCAUCAAAGAGGCAUUAGAGAAGUUAGGUUCUACGGUGUUUAUUGCAAAAGUUCCAGCAUUUGGAAAUAUUGAAACUAGAGCCACGAGUUUAGACAAAUUCAUUACAAAACAAUGUAAAGUACUACGAAAACAUGAAUCAAAGCAAACCAUUUACCAAGAUGAGAAACAAGAGCAUACUGCGGAAUCUUACAAAACUUUCAAACAAAAGAGUGAGCCAAUCAAAAUAAACCUUAUAAGUCACUCAAUGGGGGGACUAGACAGUCGCUAUCUCAUUUCGAAAAUCCACAAAUCGAACAAGAUUUAUAAGGUUGCGUCUUUGACAACGAUCUCGACGCCACAUCAUGGAUCGGAAGUUGCAGAUUUUAUAGUCGAGCAAGUUGAGAAGCAUCCAUCAUUGAAAUUGGUUUGUCCUAAAUCGAUUUAUGAAUUGACCACGACGCAAAUGAAGGAGUUUAACAAAGCCGUACCCAACGAUCCCUCUGUUGAGUACUUUUCAUUCGGCGCCAAGUUUAAUCCCAAAUGGUUCAACUUGUUUAAUCUUACUUGGCACAUUAUGAGACAUCAAAUUUUGAAAAACGCGGCAAUUAACAAAGGAAUUAUACCAGAGGUAGACGACAAAAAUAAAUUAACCGACAAUGAUGGCCUAGUGAGCGUCGAGAGUUCGAAAUGGGGCAACUAUGCUGGAACUUUGGAUAACGUCGACCACUUGGAUCUUAUUAAUUGGACAAAUAGAGCACGGCUAGGAUUAGAUAAAAUAAUGUGGGCAAAGCAGCCACCUUUUAAUCCAAUUGCAUUGUAUUUAGAUGUAGCCGAUAAGCUAGCACAUAGAGGAUUGUAG